UCCUAUUUCUCUUUUAAGGCCAUGGUCAUCUUUGCCAUCGUGUUCCAUACGCCUCUGACAUACAACAAGACUUACGUGUACCCUGCAUGGGCUCAAGGAUGUGGCUGGAUUCUCUGCUUCUGUUCUCUUAUCUGGAUCCCUGGUUACCUCGUCUACAAAUUCUUCCAGUAUCCAGGAACCUUCAGGGAGAAAUGGAUUGCGUCAACCCGCCCGAUUCUCAAGGCACACCACCUGAGGGCCGAAGACUGGGAGGACAAUCCUCACAUCGAGUACAAAAAGACAAUGACAAUGGAUCCCCUCACCGAGAACGCCUAAAUCCUCCCUCUUCCAAAGGAGUCAGCCGAAAGGGGUGAAGUUGGUAUUCCUGUGUCUGACGGCAGCAUCCUGUGGUAAAUCCAGAUUGUAUUUUGGGGUUAGGAUGAACGGUCAACGGGACACGUUUGUUGAUGGAAUGAAUGGGAGACUUCGCAACGAGGACUGAGAUUUUUUAACAUCAAGAAAGAAUGUGAACUGAAAAUGCCGUUGAUCCUUGAUUUUAGUCAAGAGCAGCCAUAUGAAUAAGGCGUUUCUGAAUGGCAGUUCAUGGCAGAUAGUUCUGUGCUGUUUAGACUUAUACGCAUACAAUAGAUGUUGUGUAAUGGAGACAGUGUGCUGCACUCCAAGACCCUUGUUUAUAUAACGACUUCGGCAUUCGAGGUACGUUUUUUGCUCACUGCAGUGUUAUGACAUAGUGUCUAAUACAUUACUAGAAGAGGAACAAGCAGGAAUCUAUAUAACAUAUACGUAAAUCGCAUCUUGUAGGUAAUGCAAAAUACCUGUUUAAAAAAAAAUCCUGCAAUCCUUAUUUUUUCUUGGUUUCGUAAUGUCAGAAUUAAGUUAGAUUUGGGUCUUGCUGAGAUAUUAUUCAACCUACAAGAAUGCUUUGUUCAUACAGAAAAAAACACAAUCAGUGUUUGAAACCGUUGUUGUGUGCAGCAUUUCACCCUUGCCGCCUCGAUUAUAGUUCGAAAUGUUAGAAAAAUAAGUAAAUACAAAUAGAUCUUUGAUUUAAAAGUACGCACCAAGAUGCACCAAGAUUAGAAAAUAACUCCUUAACAGCCUUUCAAGAUCAAACCAACGAGGCUGAAAUAUUAGAAGAAAGAAAACUAAGAAGAAGGAUAAGAAGAAUAAAAGACAAGAAAAAAAACACACAAAAACAGUUACGUUGAUGACAUACCUUUAAAUUUUGAAUAGAGUCUCCACUGCGAACUUGAAUAAGCCUACAGUUAAGAACUCAUGGUAGGCUAAAAGCGGCUAACGUUGUCGUUUUUUCUUUGCCUUCAUGGAUCUGUUGUAAUCAUCAUUGUUUAUCUACGCAUAUUCUCACCGUCAGGACUCAUCGAUUCAUCCUCUUGUUGUCUAUUUUCGUAGAUGUCAUUGUGAAUCAUUAUAACAGGCAUACAUUAUAACAUACCAUUAGUAUAGGCAUAGGUGUAAGUAGUGAAUAGGAUAAAUCUGUGAUGCUCGACGCCUGCUUCAAGUGCAGGCUGGAAGGAUGUAGGGAGGGAAAUUUUUAUCACAAUAUUAGUUAUAGUUUGAAGAAAUUAUUUACUGUCUUACGGUGUCUUUAGAUCUAUUCACUGAAACAUCGGCAAAGAAAAUAUCUCAUAUUAGUAUCGGUUUAGCAUCUAAGAGGCCUAAGAAAUGUUGACAUUCUGGUUUUCAAUAGGACAGUGGAUUCCUUUUUCGACGCACUUAAACUUGUGGUGACGUAGCGGAAUUAGAAUUGAGCUGAAAAUGACAUUGACUGAAUUUUGCAAACGAAAAAAAAAAAAAAAUUGUUCUCUAGAUUUAUCAUUAGUGAGAUCUUAGACAAAAUUUCUUUUACGACUUACAAACUAGGCCACCGAAGACAGAUUCUUUUCAAUACUUUUAUCAUUAUUUUAUAUUUCACAUAUUAUUUAGUAAAAAGUGAAGGCAUAAGCAUAAUCCAGUUUUUACUGCCUUUGUUUUCAUGUACAAAUCUAUACGUGUAUAUGUAAGUAGAUAACUACUAAUGACUUGCUUUUUAGGAAAAGAAUGAAUUUGAUUAUACUCCUUUUGUAUUUUAAAAUAUUAUAUAAAAAAUCCCAAUGCCUUUGGUUUCUGGGAUUCGAGAAUCUUUGUUGAUCUUGUAAAAGGAAUCAUUCAUUUUCUCAUCGACGCAGCCACAGCACCACAGGGUCUACGAGCUCAUUUUGAACCUCCUGACGGGCAGUUAGGUGCGUUCAAGAAGGGCUAAGGUUUUUUUUUAGCAUUCCAUUGUCUCGCUUCAGCCAUUCACAUCCAGUAGAUAUUUUUGUUUCCUUUUUUUUUUUUCUUUUUUUUUUUUAGUGCCGUCAUAUUCAGAGCCAUAUUCAGAGCCAUGUACAUUCACUUUAUGUAUUUUUUUCAUAUCCAUGUUGUUUGUUCAGCUCAUGCACAACACAUUUCAUCGGGGAGAAACCAUGUUAUCGAUUUGCUAUUGUCUUCCAUUUCUUUGCGAAAAUGGAGUUUAGUUCUCUUUAUUUUCUUCUUCUUGAUUUAAGGAUAAUUUUUUAUAUAUCUCUCAGUCUGAAUGAGAUAGUUGCUAUUUUUCUCUUUCUUUGGUCUCUCUCCAUUGUUUUUUAGUAUUUACCAAAUUCUUGCCAAGAUAUGAGGGCAUUCAAAAGUUAUAUUGAGGUCAGCAAGAGAAUAAUUAGCUGUUGUAUUACUGUUAAAACACCGUUGUUAAUUUGCUCACGGAGACUGCGAAGACUUGCUGUAGCCGAGACCACAAAUCUAGGGGGCGAAAACCCGCCUUUCGUUUGAGGUGAUCAGCAAGUCCCUCUAAAAAUAGCAACCUCAUCUGCCUGUUCUUGGCAUAAGUUCUGUGAACUAUAUUUAGUAUUAGAGCUUAGAACCAAUUACUUUAUUUAUAAUUGGAUUAUAUAUAUACCUAAACAAACGUAUUGCCAGAUGAACUGGCGCUGCUCAAUGCUGAAAUAGGUAAGUUGGGGGUAAUAACGCGCAUUCUGUAAGGAAAUUUUGAGUCAAAAGAAACCGUCAGGUAACUACAAUUAAACAGAAUUUGCGUCAAACAAAACCCCCAACUUAAUCUAAAUUAUUUUAUUGUGUUUUGUUGAUCGAGUGGCUGCACCAGUAACCAGUGGAACUUGCCAUAAAGCAAUGAAAUGUGAAAUUAAACGUUUGGAAAACAACCUACCGAGGCCAGUGUCAUUAUUUAGUUUUAUUUUAAAUUGUGGUAGAAAUCCACUCAUCUCACUGAUCAGGAUGUCUACGGUUUGUACUUUACAACAUAUUUAUCCGGCGAUAUAUAUAUAUAUAUAUAUAUAUAUAUAUAUAUAUAUAUAUAUAUAUAUAUAUAUAUAUAUGGAUUACUCAUGGGCAAAGUAACAAUCUUCGCGAAAAAGUUCAGUCAUGUAAAAUAGCUCUCUGUUUUACCUAUUUAGGGAUUUGAAGGUUGAAGUUCAACAUGAGUGGUUCAUACAGUGCAUUAUACAUAUGUAUGUGCUUGUGUGUGUAUAUAUAUACACAUACAUUACAUACAUACAACAUGUACAUUCCGGCAGGAUAAAUGGUGUAAAUGAAAAAAAAAAUAUAUAUAUAGUAUAUAUGCAGUUCAUGGCAGAUAGUUCGAUCUGGCUUGGACAAAGAUCAAAUGUUCAAUAGUUUAUUUUUUGUUUUCUGAAACUCUUCGAAUUUUCCAUCUUUCGCUGGAAAUUUUCUAUGUAUUACUUUAACUCUAAUCCCACUUUUUAUAACGAUUCACUAUUGUAUCUUGUCAGUAUUACCAUAAAACAAAACGGAACAAAAUGAAACACCUCCAUUGACUUUCAAAGAAAAUAUAUAUAUUCUUGUAUCCUCUUACCUGUCAAAUAUAUUCAACUGCAAAUGGCAUACUUGUUUCACGAGAUGGAAUUGGGAACAAUGAUACGUUAGCAUUUUAGUAGUAAUUUGAGAGAGUAAAACAACAUACAAGCAUACACUCACAGGAGUAUGAGAUUAAAUGAGCAGGGAGGAAAACCUUUUACAGUCAAUAAUAGAAUUCUUUCUUGAUUCUCGUGUUGGAUUAUAACAAUAAGAUAAAAUAGUAAAAAAAAUAAAUAAAUAAAUAAUAAAAAAGUUUGUCUCACAAGACUAUUCAAAGUUGGUUACAGGAAAGUGGUCUGUUCUUGAGCUGUAAAACUAUAUUUUCUUACUGUAAAACGUAAACAUGGUCUGUGCUGUUUAAAUAAAGUUUGAAAUUAGAA